UGACUUAUGAUGCGGAGCUGCAGCUACCGCCAAGAAAUUGUCUGGCGUUUUAAUCGACUCUCGAUUGCUUUUGCUUGGUGGAGAGGCGGAAAGUUGAAAGGGCAUGCGACUGAGAAGGAAGGAGACACGUGCAAACUGAGAAUUUGCCACGUUAGGUGUGAGAAGCAGCUCUGUUUCCUGCAAGGAUGGCUGCCAUAUAUUCUGGCAUCCAUCUGAAGCUAAAGAGCACCCAGACACCAUGGGAGGACAAGUUAAAGCUAGCACGGUUUGCCUGGAUCUCCAGUCAGUGCUUGCUGCCCAACAAAGAACAGGUUUUGCUGGAUUGGUGCACAAAUGCUUUGAGCGGCUGGUACAGUAAGAAACACCAGUUCUCACAAGAUGUUGUGGAGGGCUUGUGGCAUUACCUUAAUGACUUCCUUCAUAGCCGUAAGCUCCACACCACUCUCAAGCAGGGAAAGACCGUCAGUGUGAGGCUUAACAUGGCACAGCUGCUCCUCGACCUCCUUGAAGAGAGUGCUUAUGACCCCACCACGCUGUCAGUUGGUGUUCCCACCCUGCUGAGUGUAUGUCAGGGUAUCCUCUCAUCUUCUGUUGUCUCCUCUAUCUUCACCACCAAAUACGAACUCAUGGUCAGUCUCACGGUCAAGGUUUGCUCCUUCGCAUGCCUUCAACUGCAGCAAGCUUCACAUGCAGGAUCUCAUCAGCCUGAAUCCACAACAGACACUGUGAGUGACUUUUACCCUCAAGGUGAUGGCACCCUUAAGCCAGAGUUGGAGGAGGACAAGCCAAAGGAAAAUAACCUCUCAGCUCAUUUAUUUGAGUUGUUGCUGCAGGUUUUAACGGCAUAUUUAUCAGUUCAGCGCCAACAAGCCAAUCCGAAUAGGGUCUGGACUUUGGUAACCAGCCAGAUGAUCCAACCGUUAGUGCUCCUCAGACACAUGCUCACAUCUGUUGACUAUGUUCCUUCCCACACGAAUCUGUGUGUCAGUCAGCAGCUCUGCAGAGAUGUGCGUGUUAAGAUAGACUCCAUUCUUCAGUUUUCUCUCUUCUCUGCUGAGCACCUGGCAUACUACAAGGAGGAUUUGCUUCCUUCGAGGGAGGUUUCCAAGAAACGUGGCACCCCUUGGACAAAAAGCCCCAUAAGGCCUGCCAAUGAUUUAAUUUGCAAACUAGUUUCCUGUGAUCCGCCGCUCCCUUAUUCUGUGAUGUCAAACACCAUACCGCUGCUGUUCAAGUUUUUUCUGGAAAGCUACAGAAAAACUCGAGGAGAAAACGAGGAAGAUCAGAGGAUGCUGUGUUUUAGUUUCCUCACGCAAUUGAUUCCUGCUUUAGAUCUGUCCCCCUCCAGCUUGUCCGGUUUCCCAGAAAGCUGGAGUCUGGCCCUGCUAGCUACGGAAUCACUGCUCAACCAGGUGCUGUCUGCGGAUAUUUACAACGUGACAUCAGACAAAAUAAGACAUAGAGAGGUCCAGCUUAAAUUUUACAGAAGCCUCGUACAAAUCUUCUUCAAUCAGGCCCAGCCAAGCAUACCUGCGUGGUACCGCUGUUUGAAGGUGCUACUGGGUCUCAACCACCUGAUUCUUGAACCAGACCUGGACAAGUUGUUAUCCUCAGCCUGGGUUGCUGCUGAAUGUAUGGAAGCACGAGUCCAACGGGCCAGACAGCUGAUGCUGUGUAGUGUUCUCCAGACUUACACUAAGCUGCGUCAGUUGCCUCGCUUCUUCUCUGAGCUGCUGUAUGUGAUCUGUCGGCCAUCCCUGCAUAACCUCCGACCUCCUUUGCUGUGUGACAAAAUAUCCGCCUCAAUCAGAGCCAGUGUUCUCGACACACCUCCCUCCCAGAGCCUUGAGAUCUGCUCCACAGCGCUGGAAACAAUGACAACAUGUAUUAUACCUAACCUGUCAAAGGAAAACCAAGCAGAGAUGAUGAAGGUGGAUGGAGAUGAUAACAACAAAGAAAGGGAUCAGGAGAAAGAAGAUGCAUCAGUAAUGCUUUUUUCACUUAGCCAGCUCCUUCACAUUGUUCUAUUCAGUCUGAAGUCAAUAGACAAUGCCUCCCCUCGCCCCUUAGUCGGACAAGCUCAAAGCCUGAUGGAGGAGAUGCGGAAUAUUCUUAACAACCUGCAGAAGCUUUUGUCUGCAGAAAAUACGUCAACAGCAACAAGUUCAGUUCAGAAAAAGCAAGAGUCUCUGGAAGCAUAUGAAACAGUACCGCUAUGGGAGCUGAAGACCCAAGAGGCGAUUCUUCUGCUCAGAUACACUUGGAGGGAAGUAGACACACUUUUUUACCUCCACUGUAGCAAAUACACAUCUUUAGAUAAAAGUGAAGUCCUCUCUGAUGCUUCGGCCUUAACCAACAUAGAGAAUCUUCUCCAUCCUUCUUCCGCUUCUCCAUCCUGCAGCCCCGUCAGCUUUGUGCAUCUCAAGCUUCUUACUUUGCAACACUUAAAGAAAGUGUUGUAUGAUUCAGCCUCAUUCACAGAAGCGAGUACUGCUGAGUCCCUCAACAGUGCAGCUAGGUUUAUCAUAGCUCCAGAUGAGCUCCAAGUGUGUUCUGAAGAAGAUGGUGUGUGGGAUGGGCAGAUGAACACUGUGAACUCCAGCUCCUGCCGUGUUGCACACUGGUAUGUUGUCACAACAAACCUAUCUUUGCUUACCCCUCAUUUGAGUCAAGAAGACGUGAGCUGUAUUGUGGACGUUCUGGUUAGUUCACUGCUAAGGAAGCAGUCCGUUAGAGGAAAAGAUCUACUAACUGUCUCCCUCAUAUCUUCAGAGCUCCUCCAAAGCGCUGUUUUUGUCGAAUCGCCUUCACUGUUUUCAGCUACAGUUGGCUCCCUGACUCAAAGGAUUUUGAGGGUUCUAUCAGCAGCACAUGUCCCCAAAAUUUGUUCGACACUCAAGAAAUACCAGGAAAUCCAAGAGGAGGAGAUGAUCAUGGCUGAGCUUUGGUCCCCACUGUUAGUGGAGGAUAUAAAAGUGUCCUCUGAGUCUGGGCAAAUGAUUGUACUUUUAAGUGAUGCCCAAAUCAAAGAGCUCACAGACCUACUGGAGAUCGUAUCAAGCCUAAACCCGGAUGGACUGAACCCCAGGGAUCUACAGUCCCUUUUUCUUCUCCUUACUUUCAUACUCACGUCAGCCUCUUGUCGUUCUGAGGCUCCAGAUUCAGGGGAUUGCACACUAUUGUUGGUGAAGCUGCUCAGGACACUUGCUUGUUUAGUAGAGGGUAGAAAUUUCAAAAGUGUUCUGAAGGUAAUUUACGGAAGCACUCUGCUGCAGGCUGUAUUGUCCUCCCUCUUAUGGCGCAGCAGGAAAGAACAGUUUAGCGCCACCUGCAGCUCAGACUGGUUGGAUUUGAUUACAGCCAUGCAGGAGUUCAUCAUGUGUAUGGUCCAGCUGAUUAUUGUCUGUAACAUCUCCAUGCACCUCAAUCUGGACAGCUUUGCCUCCUUUCUUGCCAGUGAGGAAGAGGUGGCAAAAACCGGAGUGUCCAGCAUGGCUAUUCAGCUUCUGCUGGCAUCGUUGGCCUCCUUCUUUAAAGCGAUAACCUCUAGCCUGGGGAGAAGUAAACUAACAUAUGCCACUUUGACCCAGGUGCUCACUAGGACGACAUCCUCACUGGAACCUGUUGUGGAGUCAGUCCUAAAGACCCAGAGUGUCACCGACCUUAAUCCGGCCUUUGUGGUGGACAACGUUACCACCAUGCUGCGGUGUGAGCUGUCCUCCAACGACCAGACCACCCUGAGACACAAGAUGUUCUAUCAGAGUUUUUCACAGCAGGUUCUUAAAGAGAUGAGCUGUGCAGCAAGACCCCUUGACUUCCUGGUUUCCUCUUUUCAUUUCCUGGCAACGUUUUGUAAGACCGUGGUAAAGUCUGGAAGAAAAAAGGAGGAGGAAGAAGAAGACAAUAGUGAGACAGUGUUGUUCAGUCAGAUCCUUCACAAUGUACACAGACUUUUGUCAGCUCCUUGGCUGUCAUCAUCUGACACAAGUGCACUAGAGCCAGCUGUACAGAAGCUGCUACAUCACCUGGUGGAGAACAUCACUUCCUGCCAGUUCAACCAGCUUCUGCUGAUGAUCAGAGACGGGCUGGACACUUGCAAGCUGUGGGCUGGAAAUGAAAAGGGAGUGUUAGCUUCCGCCACCAUAGUCAAGCUGCUGUCCUGCUGUAAGUUACCACAACAUUGCUCUGAAGCUCUGUGGUUCUUCGCACCACAGAUUUUGUCCGCUCUUGUGUUUCUUGUAAGAUCAUCCAGUCAGGACCUAUCUUUGACUUCCACUUUUACCAUUCCUAUUGUCACGGUGAUGUUGACACUGCUGCGCCAGGGGAAGAAUUACAUCGACAACUCCCACCAUGUGGUCUUGGUACUCGGAGCGCUUCAGGCCGUGCCACUUGAACACCUGACCCCAUACGUCUACCAGCCGGCGUUUUUGGCUCUUCACGAAGCGCUUUGUGUCAUCCUCCAGUGUUACCCUCAGGUGAUGGUGAACACAGCGCCAUCCUUCUUAAACGUCUUUUACCGUCUGGUGGCUUCCAUUAUGCAGGAGGGUCGGCAGAAAGGAGGAGACAGUGAUACAGGUGAUGCUGGAGAAGUCCACCUUGAGUGCUCUCGGCUGGUAAAAAGGAUGUACCAAUACAUUGCUUCCACCUUUGAGGGCUUCACCAGACAGUCAGCCUUCAUGGUGGCUCAUUAUGUCACAGAGCUGCAAAAGGUUACUCUGCGACCAGACAUUAAGAUGCACCUGACCGAGGGCAUCUACAAGAUACUGAACCUUUGCAAGGAGCCGGAUAUCAAGUUCCUCAAGGCAGGAUUGGCGGGAGGAGUCCGUGAGGUGUUUAAUGAGCUCCACAGCAACUACAUAAACCAUUACAGAACCCAGCGACUAGGAGAGGAGAAGUACACUGUUUGAAACGACAACAGGCGUCUUUUAAUAUGGGCCCAAGUGACCCAUUUCAAUGUAUGCUUCUAUGGAUAGCAGAUAUGAUGUAUUACACUGACAUUUUUGUACAUGUUAUGCUUUGAAACGAAUCAUGUAAAAAGGCUUAAGUUGCUACAAAAUUGCAAAGAAAAAUGAUUGGAAUCAUUAUGCACAUUGUCUUCCCUGCAUUAUCCACACAGGCUUAAUAACAUGUGAAUAUUGUAUGAUUUUCUUGCAGAAAAACAGUUAUUUAGUGUGGAAUGAUUUACUGCAAAUAUCCUUUUCAAACCUUUUAAAUUGCAUUAUUUUAUGACAAUAUUUUUACUGCUCAUUAGCUAAUGGAUUGGUAGCAGUGUUUCGGAAAUUAAUCCAUGGGAUUAGUACAAUCUCAGUCAAUUUUGAUGGAUUGUCCCAGAACCAUAUUGCUCUAUUCAUUUAUUAACACCUCUUAUUCAAAGAUACAUUGAUUAAAGCUGAAGCUGGAGUAUUUUUGUGCUGUAGUGGCACAAUAAUUGUUAUCGCCUGACUCGCGUCUCACCAACCUCAUCAAUUUUUUGGAUUCCCUGCACUAUUCUGAAAAUAAAGCCAAUGCAGCACUUUUUGUGUGUGUGUGAGAAUAGCCCAUAUUUUAUUCUUACAUUAAUGCUAAACCCUCUCAAAAGACUCCAUAGAGAUUAUCUGUAAUACUGAACUGACCUAUUAAAUAUAUAAUAAUGAGAUUAACUUUGAGGCCUUGUAUUCCAAAGGAUAACUGUAAAAUGUUCCCCUCCUGGUAGUGAAUCACAGUAAUGUGGUAAACGGAUAUAAUAAACCAGCUGAGGGGCUUAUCUGUGAAGUCGGUAUACGUCAACAAAACUGCAUCUACAGCGGUACAUCAUAGCUAAAGUGAAGCAAGGCAGAAUACGGAUUCAUCGGUUUUUAUUUCAACAAGAACUAUGAAAUAAAGCGGAGGGCCUUAUAAACACUUCUACGUUGAAAUAAAUUGUGGCCGCAUAACAAUGAGCCCUGCUGCAACUGGCUUAUUGUCCAACUUUUAUUGAAUUUUUUCAAAUGCUUUAACAGUUCUGUGUUCAUUU